ACAGUUAUUUAGAAGAACAGACCCCGUUAAAKCUCCUCCUGGUGAAACAGGGAGGAUUUACAAGCGUGACCGUGAUGCCGUGGGGACUUUGAUUUUCACGAUUCGGCUUUGCGCCGUUUGAUUCACGCAAACGAGCUACGACAGAAACUGUAUCUUCGGUCGAGGUUCUUUACGGAACGUUACAGGGGUUCCCUUUUUAAAUUUCGGCUUCUUUCUGGGAACUUAGUGAACUUUAGAUUUAAUAAGGAGGUACGGGGACUGAUGGAAUACGAAGUUUGUAAAACGAUUGGCCUUGCGUGUGCAUUUUAAAGCGGAUUACAUUCCAGUAACUAUCUUGAAAGAAAUAAUAAAAUAGCUAAAACGCAGAAUAUAUAAGCAACAGAAUAAAAGUCAAUUUUGAAAAACUGUGUUCUUGUUCACAGUCUUAACUCUAUUUGCCAUAGUCUGCAAUAUGGGACAMAAUUACAGCUCCACGCCUCUUUUCAAACGUCAUAUCUUGCAUGUGCUGAGAUGCCUGAUUAGAAGCGAGACUGACUGGUGUGUUUUUUUUUUGCUGCAAUUGCACGCAUCAAUGCACGCAUCAAUAACGUGACGACUUAUUUCAGCUGGAAUGUUCUCAGCAUGGAAUGUUCUCUAGAAUUAAGCGAAAACACCGAUGAAGGUCUAUGUUUGCAGACCGAAAAGACUGAUUCGCGUCUAAGUCAAGGCAAAGUAUUUCAUCUCCAAAGUUAAAAAACAAAAUUGGAGAAAGGGAGAAUUGAAAGUUCUCAGUUGACUGGGUCUUUGUCGAAAUGUUGAGAGCCUUGCGGACAAUUUUUUUCAAAGUCAUGACCUCCAGUGUCGGCCAAAGACUUGUUCUGUCUGCCUUAUUAUUUUUUUAUGGCGGAAGAUAAAUGGCUAUAAGUACAUUAAAGGUCAACAACAAGUACUUACCAAUGACGUAAUAUAGAUCAUAUAACUACUGUCUMGUAUCUACCAAAACUCUUGAAAUUUCCUGAAAUUGUAGGAAUAUAGGAAAUGCAGAGGGCACAGUCAGCUCAAUUUCAGGGCAAGUCAAGAAUAUCCCCCCGCGGUCAGGAGACUGGGUCUUACUAUACCAAACACGUGUGACACUGUCACUGUUUGCUAGACGAAGAAAGUGUCAAAGAGAUGGCGGUUGAGCUCUUCUCGUAGCGUUUUUACCACGCACUUUAAGCGAUUUUCAUGGAACAAACAAGGCCAAGUCCAUUGCUAGAUCUAUGUCUAAACGCUGUGUGGAAAAAUGGACAAGUACUGAGCCCUCAGAGACUUUGUGUUACACCGAGGCAUCUUUUGAUGCAGAUAUUGCAGAGUUUAAAUCCAUUUGACUUGGAGAGGUUAGAAGAUGAAAAUAUUCGCGCCGUAACCGGUAUUGAUACAGAUAGCCUUUGGCAGUUACAUUACUGCCAGCAGUGGAGACACAAGGGAAGGUGGCCUGAGUCCUAUUAUCAAGUUGCUAAGUCAAAUAGCAGACUGCCUGAAAAAAUCCCAUGGAGGUUGUUGUAUUGGCAGAGACACUUCCAGGAGGUKGUCAACAGCACCGAAGCCAAAACUGCUGUUGUGCACUGGCAUCCAGAGAGCAGAUCCUUACCACAGAAUUCUAAAGAUGGCACCCGAGCCAAAGCAAGUGAACUGUUCCUUCAGCAGUCAGCUGGUCGAUUUGGCAAGUAUGCCAUUUAUUUAAGACUACACAACUCUGCUUUGAACUACCUCGCCACACAUCUAGAUAUCUUCCAGCAGUUUGCCAGUCAUGUUGAAUUUCUAGAAAUCUUCCACUUGCGUGAAAAUGGGGUUGACGCCAUGUGCUCAUUGCUGCAAAUACUUUUGGCAAAGAAUCUAAAGUCUGUUGGAAUAUGUUAUAAUAAAGUUAGAGACAUCAAUCAAUGGAAUAAGAUUCUCCGCAUUAGUGCCACAGGAUUCGUGACAUCUAAGCCCAAAGUUGUGCCUGGAAAGGCCAAAGGUUUUGAGAAUACAAAGGUCUCUAAAUCUACCCCAAAUCCAACACCACCAAGUACUCCUAGCCCCACAAAUGGACAACCACUUCAUGUGUAUGUUGUCCAAGGACAGAAUGACAUUCAGCUUGAUGUUAUCAGUGGGUUAGCUAAUAAGCAAUCUGUUCUACCGCCAACUUCACAGGACGAGGUCUUAACUCAGGAGACCAGAAAUAGAGAUUCGCUUGCAUCAAAACACAUGAGUGAUGCAAGCUUGAGUCAAGUUAUCUGUAUGGACACCCAAGAUCAUUUGAAUGAAUAUGACAAUAUUGACUUUUAUGACUUUGAACAUAAGGAAUUACUGGAGAUGCAUGACGCAGAUCAAAGCAAAAAUGGAAUUGAAAGUGUUCAUUUUGACACCAAUGAGUUGUACAAUGAAGUAUUUCAGAAGCAGACCUCUGAUGAUGGUAGUUUUUCUCUUAAUGACUUGUUUGGGCCUUCUCUUAUAAAUGAUCAUCAGACGGGGCCUAUAACGGGUGCACCCCAUCAAGAAAAACAACCAAUCGAGCACCAAACGAUUGAAAUGCCAGCACCAGAGACACCCGAGGCUGUAGGUGGAUUCUCGUUUUUGCAGCAUUUUGAAUUGUCCUCGUUUUGGUUCCACGAUGACCUUCUUUCAUUGUUUGCUAAGUCACUACAACAGUGGCACAACCUGGAGUCUUUGGUAUUGAGAGACAAUGCUAUUGGUUUUCAAUCAAAGGGAAAGAUUUUGAUAGAUGCUCUUAUUCCUCUCUGCCUUAAGGGGAAGCUAAGGUACCUUCGCAUCGAGAUCAACCCUGUCGAUGACCAUUUUGUAUCGUUAAUAAGCGAAGGCAUCGGGACAUAUUGUAUAACAUGCAGGUCAGGUGUCCAGACAUCGCUACGAGUGCUUUUUCUUUCAUCAAGUAAGAUUACAGCUCUUGGUGUAAACCACUUGGCAAAGAAACUUUUGAACAAGUGUUCAUGUCCUGCCCCUCAAGUUGAAAGCCGUCACAACCGCAGGUUGAGGAAGAGCCUCCCAGAGCCGCUAACUCCUUCCAAAAGACGCCGUCUCCUUCGACACACUCAUAGUCAAGAUGGUAGGAUCAUGGCGGAUGAUUCUUCUUCCUGCAGUAGUAUUAGUACCACAAGCAGUAGUUACUCGUCCAGUUCACAAGACUCUGAUUCCCAGGAUAGUUUCUCCCAAGAGCUGACAAGUCUUAAGCUAACAAGGCCUCCACAGCCUCAGUUUGAUGGCCUGGAAGAGCUCACCAUAUGCAGUGUUAUUGGAGAUGAGGGGGCUUUUACAUUGUCAAAUGUGUUAUCCAACAACAGUACUUUGAAGUACCUUGCAUUGCCAAGCUGUGGUAUCCACACCAGUGGACUUGCUUCAAUUUUUAGAGCCAUAUCUGGUGAAUCAAGCAGAAAAUGCAACAGGACGUUGAAAACUCUGAUCCUCAAAGAGAAUUGUUAUGAACCUUCUCAUGAUAAUAGUUUAGCUGUCCUGCUUAAGCAUGGUAAACUCACUGAAUUAGACAUCAGUUUCUGUGGACUUGAAGUUGUAAGUGGCGACAUGAUUAGCUCACUGGGACAAAAUUCAAACUUGAAAAUCCUCAAAAUUGCUGGCAAUAGACUUGGAGAUGCAGGUCUUUCUGCACUGUCACAAGUGUUCAGUCAAUCAGGAUGUGCAUCAGGUCUCACUAAGCUGGAUCUCAGUUACAAUCAAGGUACUGCAUCGUCCAUCAAUUUCCUAGCAUCAGCUUUGCACAAGUUUCUUCCUAAAAGACUGGAAGAAAUCAACUUGGCAGGGAACUUUCUUGGUUCUAGUAUUAGCAAAGUAAUAUCUAGUAUCCGUCCAUUGGUGAGAAAUGUGUUUGCUGGUAACUUAGACAGUAGUACGAUUUUUGCCGAUUACAUCAGCCAGAUGUGAAAGAAAUUAUAAUUUACUCUCCUUUGUAGUUCCAUGCCUUUGCUUUGAAGUGAGGCAACCAGGGCAUGCUAUGAUAUAUUUUAUCACACUUUUGAAAAUUCUCAAGAGCUGAUUGGCUGAUUAGAGUGUGUCAAUAAGUAGAUAUGUGCUCAUACCAUCAUGUCUCUUGCGUAAGUUCUCAAUUGAAAGAAAAGAAUUUGGUGUCAGUUUAUUUCAAUUAUAUUGAGCAGGGAAUUGCGAAGGAGACUAGCACAUUGAAUUCAUAUUUUGGAGUGGUUGUCAUUUCCCUAAUUAGUUAUGAGAUUUAAACAGAGUGAAAAAAAAUCUUUGAUGGAGUGAAUGCAUUCCAUAUUAUUCAGUAGACUUAAAAUAUUUAAGACAUUUUGUUAAAGUACUUCACAAGUUACAGGGGCRGAUCUAGGGGGGGGUGAAUAGGGUGGCAAGCCACCCCCCAUUUUUCUAAGCUCUUCUUCCUUUUUUUUCUCUUAUCCCUCAAAUAUUGAAAUAUUAAUUGAUUUCUCCAAAGACUGAUUGAUUCUACCUACUAUUUGCCGAGCAUUUAUGGAACUCCAUCCAAGGAGGAUGAUGGAACAAUCACUUUUGGGGCAGUAAAUAGCCUAGAUGACAUUAGUGGGUGUAAUGUAUAUUCGUGUGUACACGGUAAACUCUAAUUGUUCUUGAUAAAUACUAGUUUUAAACGUGAGAGAUUCUUUGCUUCAAGCGAGCAUUUCAAAAUUUCUCGGGGGAUGCCCCCCAACCCCCUAGGGGCUCCCGGCUUCGGCGUUUGGCUUCCAUUUUAUUACAUUAUUUUAGCAAUUCACCCCCCACUUCAAAGUCCUGGAUCCGCGCCUGAGUUAAUAGAAAUAUUUCUUGUGCCCAGAUCCUGCUUAGUUUCCCAACAAAAAAUCUAAGGCUCUGAUUCGAGACAAUACCAAAAUAUAUGUAUGCUGAUGGCGCAUGGGAAUUUUUGAAUCAAUCAAUCAAUCACAUUUGUCCUCAAUCAGAGCCUUCAAUUUUUUUCUUGAGAAACUCAAAAGGAUCUCAGUACGAGAAUGAACGAGGUAAGACUGCAGCUAUAUAAGAUUGGUAUUUUUGGCAUUUUUGUGAGGGAUUAUAACAUAUAGUGGCGAAAAGAAAUCGGCAAAAGAGCAAGGUAUAUUUUUCCAUUCAAGGAAAGCUUUGAAUACCAGUGGCUAUUUAAGUGGCUGUUUAUACAGCUACAGUUUGUAGUUUGCUAGUUUAAUACCAAUAAGCGCUGCAUUAUGCAGCUAAGGGUGAUGUGACCACACCUACCUUAAAUCAAUCAUCAUUAAAUGAUGUCCAGAAAUGGACAUAUAUAAAGUUGAGUUCUAUCUGCUACCAUUUUUCAAGACUAUAUUUUGUAUUGAGACUUCAAAUUAUGUUUCCUGAGCUGCAAUGUGGUCACAUGACCCCAAGUUGCAGAGGGGCUAUUGAAUGUAACUUUUUUUAUAACAUUUUGUCAUUCAUCUUUAUCAGAGACAUUUAUAGAGAGCGUUAGGUCUAACAAAUUUGGAGGUGUAAUUUUUUUUUUCACUGAUCAUUCCCUAUGGCGAAUUUCUUUCUUAUUAUUUUUACACACCAGAAAUGUUUUUGUGUGUAAGCAAAUUAUAUUGGAAAGGCUUUUGUAAAACUUUGCCAAUAUGUUAGGGCAUGCAUCACUAAAAUUGUGUAAUAUAAUAUAUUUUGUUUGCAAGUGUUUCAGUUAAUAAUUGUCAUUACUGCCGUAACAACUUUUUAGGAGAUUUCACCCUGGCAUUGGUAUAUGUGUAGAUGAUUUAGAUAUAAAAGGUUUCUAAAUUUUUGUAUUAUCAUUUUCUUGCUUAUAGUUACAUGCAUGUUUAACAAGUUUAAUAUGUAGAUAAUCUAUAAGGUAUUGUGUAUUAAUGAUAAUUUAUAACCAUUGUCUUGAUAAUGCUGUCAGAAUGGCCUUGAACUAAUUUUUUAAUUGCAGUUGUAAUAAUUUGAGAAUACAAGAAUCAUCUAGUAGUUAAGUUCUUCACAAAUGAAACAAUUAAAUUAAAGCAAUAAAAUGUUUAAUAAUUUAUUUUUAUGGUUGAUCAAUAUUUUGAAGGAUUUGAUAUAUAUUCAUAUAAUAGUUUUAUAAUGAUUAUUUUUCACUAUCCAAUAUAUGGUUCUCUACCACUUUCUCACUAUAAAGCAAAUUUUAAAGAUAGAGAUACUUCAAGGACCUUAGUCAACAAGCAGCAUCCCAUAUUUUAUUAUUGAAAGACAAAUUUUGUAAUGUUUGAAUAUAAAAUACAUCACUUAACAUAAGCAAUAACUUAUACUCUUUAUUAUCCCUUCAUAUAGGGUAUAGAAUGGUAUCUCAGAAAUUGCGAGGCUCUCCAAAAAUUUCCCAAGGCUCGCAAGCUCGGCGCUUAAAAGAAAGGGGCUCAGAUUUAAAAUCGCUUUUGGCUCAGAAGCCCGCAAUUGCUGAAAUAUCGUUCAGCCGAAGGACUCGUUCAGCCAAUUAGGCUUGGACUCGGAUUUUAAAACGAGGGGCUCGCAGGCUCGGCGAGGCUCGGAUUUUACCAUUAGAUACCCCUUAUAGAGUUAUUAAAGAAGUUAAGRUUGUGAAUCAUUCCCAGCAGAUGAAUUGAGUUUAAUUUUCAUUUCAUUUUCUGAUAUAUGAAACUUGAAUUGUUUAAUAAUUAUUCAACUCAAUUAUAUUAUGCCAGUUGAUCAUGGUCCUUGAAUGGCCUUUCACCCUUAUGACAUUACCAGAUCAUAGCAUUGUUUUGUGAAUAUGGCAUGCAAGACUUUAGUCUCUUUUAACAGUUGCGACUUCUGGUCUCGUCAAAUUUCCUCCAUGAAAGUAACUUUCUGCGAGGAAAUUUGAUGAGACUGGAAGUUGCGGCUGUUCAAAGAGACUAGCAAGACUUUUGUACAACGAGAAAAGAGAAAAUAAUUUAGUAGAGAAGUUAAUAUUCAAUCCUUGCUGUUUGCAAAACCUUUACACCCAACAAGAUGACUUAACAAUUGGUAUUAACUUCAAUCCCAUAGUGCUUUUCACCAAAAAUUGUCAUAAGAGGAAAAGGUCGUUAUGCACUUACUAGUAGCAAUAAUUGACAAUCUUGUUUAAACAAGUGAUUAUGGUGUAGCUAGACUGGCACCUAACUUUAUAACGUAAAUAUAAUUGUCUCUUUUUUCCAUAAUAAAUUUAUGCUGUAAUAAUUAAUUUUUAUCUUGGUUUUGUAAUAAACACUUUUGAAAAUAUCAAAA